AUGUUCAAGAAGCCACACACCCUCUGCUGCGGCGGUAUCCAGCUCCUAAGUCCGCAAAACACCAUCUCGCCACUAUCCCGCCUCAGCUUCAUCCCACCCACAAGAAACUAUGCCAGCAUACCAGAUACCCCCAGCCACGAACACUCAUGGCCCAAAACACCCUUAUUCACUCCAUACGAAGUCUUCAACAUUCCGCGCAAUGCAACCUACUCCAAAACCCGCUACUAUGACCUCGUAAAGCUCUACCACCCAGACCUCCGCAGCAAUGACAUCACGCCCGAAAUCCGUCUUCAGCGCUAUAAGAUCGUAGUCGCCGCACACGAGAUCCUCUCCGACCCCAUUAAACGCGCAGCAUAUGACAAAUUCGGAACCGGAUGGAGCCAUUCUGUUCGUCCAGAUCCUAUGGCUGGGCCAUACGGGCCUGACAUGAAUAUAUACGCGAACGGAACGUGGGAGGACUGGGAACGCUGGAAUAACCGGCAUAAUGGGAAACAGCAACAUAUUGUGGAUCACCGGACGUUUACAAGGCUUGUUAUUCUUCUUACGUUAUUUGGGGGUGCGAUGCAGGCUUCGUGGAUUGGUCAGUUGAAUACCGGGUAUGAGGAGAGGCUUCGCGAGGUUAGUGAGGACUCGAUGCGGUUUUUGACGGGGAGAAGACAGAGUACUGUCAGUCAGAUGCCAUCGAAUGAUGCAAGAGUGCAGAGUUUCUUGAUUCGUAGGGAUCCGACUGGAUCGGGGCUUAAGGACGAUGAACAACCUGUCUAUCAGAAAGAGUUGCAUCCUAAGCAGGGAGCGCAGGAUCUAUCUGAUCGGCCCAGUGAACCUGAGAAUGAAGCUGGGUCUAUACCUGCGAAUGAGACGAAGCCGUCUGUUGAUCUUCUUGAUACAUGA